AUGCUAUUUCGACAUUCGACACAAAGAAUAAAAUUAUCAUUUUUAAACAAAUGCGGCUCUAAUCCACAAAGAUUUUUAUCAGUUACGCAGCCUAUUGCAUCAAAAAUAGGUCGUAAACUUAUUAGAUACCCUCCAGAGGUUUUAAUUAUCCAUGACCAGACACCAAUUACUCAACCACGCGUUAAGGCUGAUUUAAAUUCUACAACUUUAACAAUAUCAGGACCAUUAGGUGCACAUUCGAUGCCGCUUAAACCAUAUAUACAUCUCCAAUUUUAUGAAUCAAAAAUACCUUAUGUAAAACCUGAAGAUAGAAAACCUAUAACAAAUGAAGAUGAUUUUAUUGACGAAAGUGAUUUUGAUAAAAAACUUCGUGUUUCGGUUCAACAUCCUGAAAAUAAAGAACAAAAAACGAUGUGGGGUACAACUAGAGCUUUAAUCGCGAAUUACAUUAGAGGUGUUUCAGAGGGUUACAGGGUUUCACUGAAAUUUGUUGGUGUUGGAUACAGAGCUAGUUUAGAAUCCGAUGGCAAACUUUAUCUUGAAGUUGGCUAUGUUAAUCCUGUUGUAAUGGAAAUUCCACCCGGCCUCAAAUGUAUCGUACCAACACCGACCAAGAUCAUUUUGAGUGGCACUGAUAAGCAAUUAGUGUAUAGGUUUGCAGCACAAAUAAGAGAACAUAGAAAACCAGAACCUUAUAAUCAAAAAGUUUUGGCGGUUACACGACAGUUAAAGCUUAUUAUGUUCCUUCAAAAAUGCCUUCGGCUGAGGACUAACAAUAAAGGACAAUUUCCUCAACUAAGAAAAAUGAGAAAAAUGAUAAAAUUUUCGUUCGUUAUUCUUUUGGCCACCAUAUUAACGGUUUUGGUUGCUGGUCUGCGAAUCAAAAUCCAAGAUUCCAUUGACUUGACUUAUAGUUCUGAGUUCCAGCUUUCCAACUUGCAAAAUGAGGAGAAAAGAUUGAUUCAAACAAGUCCAUUCAAGUCAGAAUGGAUGACAGAAGAACAAGUUUGGGGCUUGAUUAGAAACAAAAUAAAAUUCAUGGACAUUACAGACUACAGUUCUUUGGGAACACAUUAUAAAACUUUUAAAAAACGCGUAUUUCCAGUUAAUCCUGCCUUUGAAAAUGAAGUUGUGCCUUUAAUAAAUAAACUUACCACCAAAUACAUGCGAAAAAACCUUGAGAAAUUUACUUCUUUCCGUAAUCGAUACUAUCGCUCUAAAUAUGGCGCAGAAUCCUCUCAAUGGUUAUAUGAUCAGGUUGUCAACAUUGUUAAAAAUGCGAAUUAUUCGGAUGCAAUUUUAUCAGCUAAGCAAUUUACGCAUAAGUGGGAUCAAAAAUCUAUCAUUGCAAGAUUUCAAGGUUCCGAUGAUGACAAAGACAAUGAAGUGGUCAUUGUUGGUGCGCAUCAGGACUCAGUUAAUAUGUGGAUGCCUAGUUUUGGCCGAGCUCCUGGAGCUGAUGAUGAUGGAAGUGGUACUGUUACAAUUUUGGAAGCAUUUCGUGCGCUAGCAGAGGGGCAAUUUAGGCCUAGACGUUCUGUCGAAUUCCACUGGUAUUCAGCCGAAGAAGGUGGUCUUCUAGGAUCUCAAGCAAUUGCUUCGCAUUAUGAAGAAUUGGAAUUAGACGUAAUUGCUAUGUUGCAGAAUGAUAUGACAGGUUACAUAGGUAAAAAAUACCCCGAAACAUUUGGAAUCGUCGUUGAUUUCGUUGAUCCGGAUUUGACCGAGUUCAUCAAGAAACUGAUUAAUUCAUAUGCGAAAUUGCCUGCAAGAGAUACAAAAUGCGGCUACGCUUGUUCUGAUCAUGCUUCGUGGAGAAAAGCCGGUUACCCCUCCGCUUUUGCUAUCGAAGGUGCAUUUGAUGACUCUAACCCGUAUAUCCACACUUCUAACGAUGUUAUAGAAAAUCUUAGCUUUGACCAUAUGCUUGAAUUUUCAAAG